UUUUAUGCGUGUUCAUCGCAGUUCUCUCUAAACACGAAAUGAAGCUGAAGUUCUCUCUCAUCGUACAGUUUGCAUACAUAAGCUGCGUUUAUUGCGAGAGACACUAUCUCCAGUUUGUUUACACCAUCCUCACCAAACCUGAUGGGUUCUCCGGUCCUGUGUUCAGUGCAGUGGGUCUGUGUAAUGACAGACAGAUCUCUUCCUACAGCAAUGAAGAAGGAACCUGGAAAAGAGACUGUUUGGAUGCAGAAAUCUGGAGAGACACCGAAGAACCUCAUGAUUCUAGAGACUGGCUUCUACAUUUGGUUAACACUCUCGCAAACUGCACGAGCUCCAGAUGUGACGGCCUCCAUACACUACAGAGGAGAGUCGGCUGUGAGGUGGAUAUGAAUGUGAAUGCAUUUGACGAGUAUGGAUAUGAAGGAGAGGACUUUAUUGCCUUUAAUUAUUCCACAAUGCAGUGGGUUGAUAAAAAUCCAAAGGCAAAAGAAACCAAAAUGAAAUGGGACGCUGACAGAUUUCACAAUCAGCAUCUCCAGUCGUACCUCAACAGCUGCAUGGACUGUAUCUCAAUAUAUAAUGCUUCGAUAAUCACUCCUCCAGCUCUUCACAUGUUUACAUCUGCAGCUCCUCAAGACCAAAGUGAGCUGAUUCUGAGCUGUCUGGCCACUGGCUUCUACCCCAAACACAUAGAGAUGAACAUCACACUAAACAACAUUACACUCCAACCCUUCAGCUCUACUGGAGUCAGACCCAGCGAUAACCAAACCUUUCAGAAGAGAACCAGCGUGAAGAUACACAGAGAUGAGAAACAGAGUUAUGAGUGUCAUGUCCUUCACAGCGGCCAGACAUUUACAACAUCAUGGGAUGGAAGUCUGGAAUCUAGAAGUCAUGAUUGGGCCGCAGUAGCUGCAGGUGCUUUUGCGAUUGCAGUUCUAUGCAUUAUGCCUUUAAUCUACAAAAACAGAAGGUUCAGUGGCCAGAUGAACCACACUAUCCCCUGACUACAACUGAUUCAGAUACACUCUGGUGCAGAUGAUCCAUGGAUAUUCAAGUUCUUCAGUGAAAGGCAGGAUCCUGGAUGUGUCGUCUAUGAUACCAUCAUGUCCGUUGUUUUAACGACACAGUAUGUCACUCACUCAAUCUGCACGAACUACAGGAAAAAACAAAAAAAAAAACAGUUUAUUAUGCUCAUUCAUUUUUACCAUUAAAAACUUUAUUUUUAUUUUUUUUUUGCAGUAUUAGCUUUUUCAUUAGAAUUACAGCCCGACAAGAAAUUAUAACAGUAAUACAUAUACAGAUCCUUAAAUUUCAUUGCAAAUGUCAUCACAUAACUCAAUUACUAAAUGUUCCCUUUCCAGAAAACACAGCAAAGCUCUAUUAUCUCAGGCUACUUACAAUUUUUCUCAAUCGCUUUGGCUCAGUUCUCAAAUUAGUAUUUUUUCUCUCAAAUUAAGAAGUUCAGAUGUCUAAACAAUUAGUUUCUUGUUCACAUCAGAUUUGAAUUUCUUAUUAAUUUAAGCAAAUUGCAUAUGUUUUGGCACAUAUGCAAAUGAAUAAGUGCAAUUGUCUAACAUUUACACAACUAAAUGCACAUGGCUCGUUGAUCGAAACUGACAAGAUGAUUCCCAGUGAAUCGAAAUCUAUCAGACAUGCAUGUAAAUUCCAUAAAUAUCAGACAUGGAAUGGUUUUAGUGUCUGCUACGUUGGCAGAUGGCUUGCCAUUAGGGUUACAAAGGGGUGGAAGAUUUCCUGUAAAUUGUCUGAAAGUUUCGAGAAUUUUGGAAAAUUUCUGGAUUUUUAUUUUUUUUGACAGUUUUGGAUAAAAUAUGUAGAUUUUCUGUAGAAAAUUUCUGCCCCUCUGCAACCCUACUUGCCAUUAUAAUGAAAUGGGAAUCACAACAGUGCUUGAAGUGGGCCGGUACGUACCUGCACUUUAUAUUUUAGUCUUUAGCAUAUCGGCACUUUUUUUGGUGCAUUUCAUGCACUUCUGACAUGUUGCCAGUUCUCAGAGUAAAAGCGUCAGUGUCUGGGUGAUUAGAAAUGAAACUAUAUAAAUCACACAACCAGGAGGGGUCACCUCAUCUCGACAAAUACUGUAUGUGAAAAGCAUUAAUGCGUAUUUUCUGUAGCCAAAAACAUUGUGCCAUUUAAUAUUUCAGCACUUCUGCACUAAAAUUAAUUAAAUAAUUAAAUUAGAAAAGAAUGUACAGCCAUUGUGACCCCCCCCCCCCCCAUAAUAUAAAUUAUGUAAUGUGUUAAAUGUAUUUAAUGUAAUUGUUUCCUAUCCAUUUGCAGCUAUACGUGUCUGUAAAAUAUGCUAUGCAAUUUAUUUGGCUUUUCCUUGGUUGUUCCUUGUAACUAAAUGCACCUUAUAAUUAUUUCAGGGAAUGCAUGUUU